CGGGCAACCCGACGGCGCAGAGGGCGGGGCGCGCGGCAAGGACCCCGCGGCCUUCUCAGCGGCGGCGGUCCCGGGUGGCGGCGAUGCUGUGGCCGCGGCUGGCGGCGGCCGAGUGGGCGGCGCUGGCCUGGGAGCUGCUGGGCGCCUCGGUGCUGCUGCUCGCGGUGCGCUGGCUGGUGCGGCGGCUGGAGAAGCGGCCUCGGGCCCUGGGCCUUAGCGGGCCCCCCGACCCGCCGCCGCGCGCGGCCGCGGGUCCCCACCCAGGUGAAAUGACGAUGGAUGCCAUCUUGGCUCGAUUGAAACUCCUGAAUCCAGAUGACCUUCGAGAAGAAAUCAUCAAAGCUGGAUUGAAAUGUGGACCCAUUACAGCAACCACAAGGUUCAUUUUUGAAAAAAGACUGGCUCAGGCUUUGCUGGAACAAGGAGGAACAUUGACUUCUUCAUCUCCUUCUGGCCAAAAUGUGGCACAUGUUACAGCACUCAGCCAAGAAACACAAAGGAUUUUGAAAUCUGCUGUAGGGAGCCAAAAUGAGCAGGCCAGUUUUCUUGAAGACAAAGAAUUUGGUUAUAGUGUGGGCUUGAAUCCUCCAGAGGAGGACGCCGUCACAUCCCAGACUUGCUCUGUACCCUUGAGUACCCACCAAGCAGUGGGGGCAGCCUCUCAAGAGCCGCCUCUGUACUACGGCGUGUGCCCCGUGUAUGACGACGCACCCGUGCGGAAUGAAAGGAUUCACGUUUAUGAAGAUAAAAAGGAAGCCUUGCAAGCUGUCAAAAUGAUAAAAGGAUCUCGAUUUAAAGCUUUUUCAAGCAGAGAAGAUGCUGAGAAAUUUGCUAGAGGAAAUUCUGACUAUUUUCCUUCUCCAAGCAAAGUCUCUUUACCGCUUUCUCCUGUGAAAAUAGCACCGAUCUUUAGCAACUGCGGGGUGAAAGAUGGUUUAUACUUAUCUGAGCCAGAAACAGUAAACAAAGAGCGAGCAAACAGUUAUAAAAAUCCUCGUACACAGGAUCUCACUGCCAAACUGCGGAAGGCUGUGGAGAAAGGAGAAGACGACGCUUUUUAUGAACUUAUCUGGAGUAACCCCCGGUACCUCAUUGGUUCGGGGGACAACCCAACCAUUGUACAGGAAGGAUGUAGGUACAAUGUCAUGCAUGUUGCUGCUAAGGAGAAUCGGGCUUCCAUUUGCCAGCUGACUCUGGAUACUCUGGAGAACCCGGAGUUUAUGCGGCUCAUGUAUCCGGAUGAUGACAUGAGCAUGCUGCAGAAGCGCAUCUGCUAUAUCGUGGACCUUUAUCUCAACACUCCCGACAAAGUGGGAUACGACACACCAUUACAUUUUGCUUGUAAGUUUGGGAAUGCAGAUGUGGUCAAUGUACUUUCUUCACACCCGUUGAUUGUAAAAAAUCCAAGGAAUAAAUAUGAUAAAACACCUGAAGAUGUAAUUUGUGAAAGAAGCAAAAAUAAAUCUUUGGAACUAAAGGAGCAAAUCAGAGAAUAUUUAAAGGGUCACUAUUACGUGCCGCUGCUGAGGGCAGAAGACAGUUCUCCAGUGAUCGGGGAGCUGUGGUCUUCGGACCAGACGGCAGAGGCGCCGCUCGUCGGCCGCUUUGGGGGCAGCCCCAGGGACCCUGUGCUGACCCUGAGGGCAUUUGCGGGGCCCCUGAGCCCGUCCAAGGCGGAAGAUUUUCGCAAACUUUGGAAAACCCCACCUCGAGAGAAAGCAGGCUUCUUUCAUACUGUCAGGAAAUCUGAUCCAGAAAGAGGCAUUGAAAGAGUGGGAAGGGAGUUAGCUCAUGAGCUGGGGUAUCCCUGGGUUGAAUACUGGGAGUUUCUGGGCUGCUUUGUUGAUCUGUCUUCCCGAGAGGGACUGCAAAAACUAGAGGAAUAUCUCACUCAGCAGGAAAUGGGCAGAAAGGCCCAAGAAACAGGAGAAAACGAAGGCCUCCGCCAAGAUAAAGGCUCUGCCUCUGGUGGUGGUAAAAAGUGCAGCAAUUCCAUUUCUGUGGGGGCAUUUCUAGAUGAAGAUGAUGACAUGAGCUUGGAAGAAAUUAAAAACAGGCAAAAUACAGCUCGGAAUAAUAGCCAGUCCGCCAUCGGUGCUUUUGGAGACUCAGGAUGUGACAUUCUUCCUUUGGAGCAGAAAGCAAGCCUCAUAGAAACCUCAGACCUGAACCACCCCCACAGUGGCAGAAAUGGGUUUUGCAGUCCUCUAAGUAGCAGUGAGACCCUGAGUGAGAAGAGACCGAAGUCCCACGGUGGGCAGGACUCCGUGCGCUCACCUAUCUCGAGCUUAACUGUUGAGUUUGAUAAACUGAAUUUGCAGAAUCUGGGAAGUAACGUUUAUAAGACACCAAAUAAAAAUAUGAUAAAAACUAAAGAUAGGAAAAUCCUGACUUCAGGAAUGGACUUGGUAGAAAGUGAUUUGUUAGAACCUGCUUCUGCUACAGAAAAACCUGGAAAUAAUGAAAUAAGGACAGGAAAUGAAAUGUCAGCCAAAAUUGCUACAAUGUCCCUGGGUCCCGACGGUCCCCAGCACAAGACCCGGCCUGGUUGCAAUCCUGAGUUCUGGUGUGCGUCAGCUUCCCCAGCACCCUCCGAGCCGACCGAGGGUCCCACCACACAGAUGCCAGGCGCGAGGCUCUUCCUUUCUGGAGAAGAGCCAUCCAAACUAGAUCGGGAUGUUUUGGCAGCUCUGGAGUGCAUCAGCAUUGACCCUCACCAACACCCAGCCGUCCACAGGUGGAGGAGUGCUGUCCUGUCCUACUCGCCGUCGGACAGACAGAGCUGGCCCAGCCCCACCUCAAAAGGGAGAUGCCCAUCCCAGUGGCAGGAUCUCAGCUCCUCUCACAGCUGCAGCUCGGGAAGAAGCAGUCCUGUGGCCGGGGGCCCUGGUAGGCCUGGGCCCACUCCACGCACCCCUGGCGUGCACAGCCCCGGGCGCUACAGCCCUGCACACUACAGCCCCGUGCGCCGCACCCAUCUGCGCAGGCCGGCCCGGCCCGAGGAGCUCACAGCCCUGUAGCUCGGCAGCAUGGGGCUCUCUCCAGUCUUCCUUUUUGAAAACCAAGGGUAAUGCAUGUAUUUCUAAAAUGACAUGGAAGAAUAUAUUCUGAUUAAUUUAUUAAUCCUCAUUUUGAGGGUAAAGGAAUUUUAGAAAAUACAAAUGUUCUCUAUAAAAUUUCGAUUUCUGAUAUUUUCAGAGAAGUUAAUGAAAAUGAUACCCAUUUUCUGAAAAAAAAUGUCAGUGUGGUAAUGACUUUUUGGUUAGCAAUUCCUAGUUUUCAAAAGUAACAGAGAAAAGGGGUACUAACACAGUUCAUCUAAGAAUGUUUGGAGAUAGUUGUGCCCUUACCAGAAAUUCCAAGCAAGUGAUUCUGGAAGGAGUCUGUGUGGGCUGUAUGCACGGACAUCUGCAGAGGACUUGCACUUAUUUCAGUGUGCUUGUUAAAGCAGAUGGAGUUGUGUGUUGUCUCACCUGUUUCUGGGGUAUGGCAAGGGACUUUGACUUUCUAAUACACAAAAGAAAAUCCUUUUUGGGUUAGAUGGAUAUGAAGUAGUAGAUAGCAAGGAGGGAACGAAUGAAAGCCUUGAAUAGACCUUGGUGUUUUAGACUUGAAACAAUACUUGUAGUAAGUGUAUCCUUUAUUUUAGAACUAAUCCCAGUUGGGAUUUCUCUUACAAAAAGAGCAUAGGUUUAGUGCAGAAAUGAGGGAUGGGAUCGUUCGGUCAUUGUGGUGUUGGAGCUGUGUGGCCUCGAACCUCGGCGGUCUUGGGGAGGCACCAGACAAGUGGCGGGCAGGGGCACCCUCGGGCGAGGCCCUGGGAGAGCGCGUCUCGCCAAGGCUUUCUCCUGGGUGUUAAAUAUUGUGAACAAUUUCAGUGUUGGAUUCAAAAGGUUAAAACUGUACCAAUGCUUCUGCUAACUUCAGUGCCUUCUGUAAAUCAUUUUAAAUUUUUCUGAAACUUGUUUUUUUGUGAUACUAAGUAGGCAUAAGUGAGAUCUUUCUUCCUUUUGUGAAAAUUCUGAAUUUUGUGUUUGGAAAAAAAAAACUUACUUCUUUCACUCAAUUCUGAGAGACAGGUCAUAAAUAUUGCAAUAAGGAUUUAGAUUACUAAGGUUCAGAAAGUUGUUACACAGGGUGUUUUCAUUUGUUGUGUAGCACAUAAUCUAGGUAUGACAUAAAACAAAGGCAUCUUUGUUCUCAAAAAAAUCAGAAUAUGGAUGUUAUAUUUAUAGUGAUAAUUGUUUUCUCUAUAAUCUGGCCAAAUUGUCCUGUAUAUCAUUGUAAUUAUUCAGAUGUUAAUUAAAUAGUGUUUUUGCCCUAAUUUUUCAGAUUGCUAUUCCUCGGUUUUGGAUAAUUUUAGCCUUCUUUGAUUAUUUCUCCAUUUGUUUGCCAAAGCAGUAUGCAGAUGUUUUAAAAAACAAAAGAGCCUAUGAGUGCAUCAUCAAAUGUCUUCGGUUUAUUUUUUUGUUUCUUACAAAAAGGGAAAUAAAUUAUUUUUAAAAAUCA